GAUGGCGGCUCUAAGAAGAGUGUGUUCUUCAAGAACUGGACUUCAACGUCUACUCUUUCCUCCCUCUAGACUUGGGAGCUUGAGAUUUUUAUCUACGGCUCCAGAUGACUACGUUUUUGGACUCAAUGACCAUCAAAGACAGUUGAGAGAAGCAGCCUACAACUUUUUCCAAAAGGAACUUGCACCAUAUGCUGAUCAGAUUGACAAAGAAAAUACUUUUACAGGAAUGAGGGAAUUCUGGAAAAAGCUAGGAGAUCUAGGUUUCCUAGGAAUAACUGCUCCAGCAAAGUAUGGUGGCUCUGAAAGUGGAUAUUUUGAUCACUGUCUUAUCAUUGAAGAAAUGACAAGAGCAUCCGCUGCUAUUGCUCUUAGCUAUGGAGCACACUCUAAUUUAUGUAUAAACCAAAUUGUCAGACAUGGAAACGAAAUCCAGAAAGAAAAAUACCUUCCAAAGCUGAUCAGUGGAGAACAUGUUGGAGCACUUGCAAUGAGUGAACACAAUGCUGGAUCUGAUGUUGUGUCUAUGAAACUCAGAGCAGAUAAAGAUGGUGAUCAUUACAUUUUGAAUGGUACAAAGAUGUGGAUUACUAAUGGGCCUGAUGCAGAUGUCCUGGUUGUCUAUGCUAAAACUGGAGACCCUGACAGUAAACCAGAGCAUUCAAUCACUACCUUCCUCAUUGAAAAGGAUACUCCAGGAUUCAGUACUAGUCCAAAGCUAGAUAAACUUGGAAUGAGGGGCUCAAAUACUUGUGAACUUGUCUUUGAGGACUGUAGAAUACCAGCUGAAAAUGUUAUGGGAGAUAUCAAUAAGGGAGUUUAUAUUCUGAUGAGUGGAUUAGAUGUUGAGAGACUUGUGUUGGCUGCUGGACCAUUAGGUAUAAUGCAAGCAGCUAUAGAUGUUACUGUUCCAUAUGUCCAUCACAGGACUGCAUUUAACCAGAAAAUAGGAGAAUUCCAGUUGCUGCAAGGCAAGAUGGCAGAUAUGUACACCCGACUAAGUGCAUGCAGAAGUUAUGUGUAUUCUGUUGCAAGAGCAUGUGACUUGGGACAUAUAAAUCCAAAGGACUGUGCUGGUGUUAUUUUAUACGCAGCAGAAAAUGCUACUCAGGUUGCAUUAGAUGCCAUUCAAUGCUUAGGUGGCAAUGGAUACAUCAAUGACUACCCUACAGGUAGACUAUUACGAGAUGCUAAGCUUUAUGAGAUAGGAGCAGGCACCAGUGAAGUAAGACGUAUUAUCAUUGGAAGAGCUUUUAAUAAGGACUUCAAAUAAUAAUGAAUUUUCCAAGCCUGUCUUUUAUCUGGUGUAAAAUAUAAUUAUGUGACUGUGUAUAUUAUCAGACUAUGACAUGCCUACAGUAUAUUUUUGGGAUUUUAAAUAAUGAUGAAUUUUCUAGGUCUGUCUUCUACUGUAUCUGGUGUAAUAAUAUGUACUUAUUGACUGAGUGGGAGGGCUGUACACGAAAAUAUUUGGCUSCAGGUGAUCAACGCACUCGCUGGGCUUGGUCCGUACAAAUGACUGAGAGUCAAAUAUUUUCCCAUACGGCCCGACCUAACUCAGUCAAUAAGCAUUUUAUCAUAUGACCCUCACAAAAAGAAAAAUAAUGAAAUAAAAGAAACUAGAAAGAAAUAGUAAAUAAAAGCUAAAAAAGAGAAAGCAUAUGGAUUCGAGCAGGGCCGUACGGAUUCGUACAGCCCUGCUCACUUAAAGCCGUACAGCCCUGCUCACACCAUUUUCCCGAAGGUUUUUUUAAGAGCACGCGCCCGGACAGAGAAGGGUCAUAUGAUAAUUAUGUGUAUGUUUUCAGGGUAUGGAAUGCCUAUAGUUUUGGGACAGUGGCAAAUAAGUUAUUCAAAAGUAUAUAAAUAAAUUUUGGCAAAUUUAAUGUAUUGGUUUGCAACAUGCCACACACUAAUGGUGUACGAAUUCGGAGUUGAAGAACAGCAAGAUAAUGUGUGUAAGGCCAAGUUCAGAUACUGAAGUUUUGCGGUUUCAAACCUAAUAGUUGCAUUUUGUACAUGAGAAGUGCAAUGUCUGAGUCAAAAAUUGAAUUCUACAGAAAAUUAAAUUCAUGGCUUCAUUUUUACAGUAUUAGAAUCUUCAAAAUACAGUUUAGAUGCCACAGACAUGGCAUGAAAUUCCUUUCUCCUACAUUCCAUACUUACUGGCCUUAUAAUAGUUUCCAAAUAUUAAAUCUUUAUCAAUAAGUCAAUAAACAAAUAUAUGAAUGAUA